AUGGACAACGACAACACCAUGAAGGGCUUUACUUCCAGCCGCAGCCCAAGCAGCAGUGGUCACCCUUCCUCCACUACCCUUGAGGAAAAGAAAGAGGCCCAUCAUCCUGUCGCCAAGGGCGAGUACCAGCAAGAGGUCCUCAAGGUUGCUCAACGCACCUAUCCGAAGGAGCUCCCUCCUGCCAAGAAUACCAUGCUAAUCCACCACAUCCGUGUCUCUGGUGCAUAUGUCGAUGCCCGUGAUGAGUUCGCGGCCAUCUCCCAGCCAACUGAUCUCGGUUGGUCUGAGGUCCACUGCCUGUAUAAGUACCUUCUGGCUUUCGAGCUUAGCCACCCUGAUACCAUGACGAGGGGUCACCUCACCCAAUACGGGGAUCUUCACUACUUCUUGACCGCUGUCUUCUUCAACUGGGAGACCGGAAAGGAAAUCAAACCGCAACCUGUCCUUCCUGAGCGAGCUUUCGACGACUAUGCUAAAGAUGUCGGCCUGCUCAUCCGUGACCUCGACCCCAUCGUCAACAAGGAUGGGUCCCUGGAUGCUUCCGGACGCUGCAUGUGGGACCAAGCCUACUUGGCUUUCAAGGUCAACCAGAAAACCCUGGAGUGGCAAGUCUCUUGGGUGGAUUGUAAUGGAAAUUCUUUGAAGCGGGAGGACGUUCAACUCUACGACAAGUACAAGAACAACUACAAAGAGGCUUUUGAUGCCACCAUCGAGAAUUUCGACCGAAAGCAAAACCAGCGAAUCAUGGCUUACAACUAG